AUGCAGUUCACUCUCACCAACGUCCUUGCCUUCGCCCUCGCGACUGAGGACAAGUGCGAUAUUAGCAACGUCUCGUGCUGCAACCCAACCAACGGGGACAAGACUGAUGGCUUCCUCAACAACCUACUCGAGUGGGGUGUCGUCGGCAGUCUGGUCAACGGUCAAGGAAGCGCUUGCGCUCCGGUCAGCCUCAUUGAUGAGCUUGGUAUUCUGGCCCUCGUCAAGGAUACCCCCGAUGGACCGGUCUGCGAGAACGUCAUUUCUUGCUGCCCUGGCCAGGGUGCUCAGUGUGUCGCCAUCGGUGACGGCUCUGGCUCUGGCUCCGGCUACAGCGACUAA